GCCCUUGAUGACAGAAAAACUUUGACAGCACUGGUCAGAGACAGUCCCUCUACUGCAAGUUACAUGCAACCAGAACCCCUGGCUCAUGUGCUUCCUAUUACUGUUUGUGAUCGGUGAGAGAUGCCAGCUUCCACACAAGAUUAACUGUGUUGUAGAAGCUUGGGAAAUAGGAAAAACACAACCUGAAAAACUGGGGCGCAGUUUAGAUAACACAACUGACGAGAUAUCCUUAAACCUUGUGUUUGGUUGGUGAAUUACUUGCAGUUGCUCUCUUGCUUUCAUUCUCGAAAGACUGUGACUCUACUCUAUAUCACCAGGUUGGCAUUGAUACAUGAAGUCAUUGACAUGGGUGUGGGCUAUGGGGUGGAGGUCUGAGGCAAUGCCUGGUUCUGGCCCCCCUGGGUCAAAAACACCCAGCAGCCCUGAGAUGAUGAGUGGCCCCCCGUCCUGGCACUCCUCUAAGUGAUGAAGACCCCUGCCAUCCUCCUCCUCAUUCUGUCUGUCCUGUGCAGAACUGUGCUUGUGUCAACGAAGACGGUGAAGCACACGGUGGAGGAAUGGAACAGAUACAGGAACGAGUGCCUGCUGAGAAUGAGCACGGACCCCACACCCCCAGGCUUGUUCUGCGGCCGUAUGUUUGACAUGUACGCCUGCUGGCCGGAGGGUGUCCCCAACACCACGGUUAAAGUGCCCUGCCCGUGGUACCUCCCCUGGUACAACCAAGUUCGUAAUGGGUAUGUGUUGCGGGAGUGUGGGCCUGAUGGCCAGUGGGCCGUUAACAACACCAGCAGCACAUGGAGGGACCACUCCCAGUGCAACGCAGACAACAACCAGCAGGUGGCACAGGAGAACCAGAUGGUGAUCUUGGCCUACUUCCGGGUGAUGUACACUGUGGGCUACUCUCUGUCCCUGGCCAGCCUUUCCCUGGCCCUCAUCAUACUGCUCAUCUUCAGGAAACUAAGGUGCACCAGGAACUAUAUCCACACCAAUCUGUUUGCGUCCUUCAUCCUGCGAGCCAUAUCCAUCCUCACCAGAGAUGCUGUCCUCACCAGGGACACCCCAGAGUUCAGAGACAACAGAGACGUGUCCAACGUCCUCAGUGAUAAGGCCCUGUCUGGCUGCCGUGUGGCCCAGGUGCUGAUGCAGUACUGUGUGGGGGCUAACUACUACUGGCUGCUGGUGGAGGGCCUGUACCUUCACAACCUGCUGGUGCUCAUGGUCUUCUCAGAGAACAGCUACUUCUGUGGAUACCUCUUCAUCGGCUGGGGAUCCCCAGUGUUAUUUGUGGUCCCCUGGAUUAUAGUGCGGUACCUGUAUGAGAAUACACGGUGCUGGGAGAUCAAUGAGAACAUGGCGUACUGGUGGAUCAUCCGCACACCCAUCCUCCUGGCCAUUCUGGUCAACUUUUUCAUAUUUAUUCGGAUCAUACAGAUCCUUGUCUCCAAAUUGAAGGCAAACCAAAUGAGGUACACCGAUUAUAAAUUCAGGUUGGCUAAGUCCACUCUGACCCUCAUCCCUCUCCUCGGCAUCCAUGAGGUUGUCUUUGCCGUGAUGUCAGAGGAACAGACCGAGGGCGUCCUCCGAAAUAUCAACCUCUUCUUUGAACUUUUCUUCAACUCUUUCCAGGGUCUACUGGUUGCCAUCCUGUACUGCUUCGUCAAUAAAGAGGUGCAGUCAGAGAUAAAGAAGAAGUGGCAGCGAUGGAAGCUGGGCAUGAACGUCCUGGACGACCUUCGCAACACGGGCAGCAACACGCCACAGGGGGGCACCGGCGGCGGGCAGUGCCACCACGACCCGCCCUGCCAGCCUGACUGUCCACAGGAGGAUACCCACAACCUCUUCUCGGACGCCUCCGCCUCGGGGCCGCAUGCCCACCCACGCCCACACCACCACCCAGGGGCCAAGAAGGGAAAGGCCUACUGCUACAUUUCCGCCCGCAAGCAGGUGCUGAACGGCCUUGAUGGAGCUCCGCUGGAAAAAGGGGGCGGAGAGGGAGCCAUCAAAUACUCUGAGAGCUACUGCUGAGUGGCUCGGCGAGGGGGAUAACGACUAGCUGGCUACCUUUGUAAUUUCUAGUGGGUGGAAUCCAAAGCAGACAACCUGCCUGCUUCAGUUGUGUACUUCCAGAUCUAUGUGGCCGACUGUAGUUGGUGUUUCAUCGAACCCAUGUCUUAAUAGUUGUGUGAACAUGAUCCGGGACUCAUUGGAUGAUUGCCAGAAUGUUUUUUCUGCACUGGCCAAUCAGGCUGUGUGUUGUGACUCCUAUAGGUUUUCAGUGGCAGAUAAGAUGACCCAUCCCAAGUGCAAUAUCGCCUCAAUCGACCUAGAUUGACUUUUUAAAAUGUUAUUUUACCUUUAUUUAACUUACUUACAAUGACAGCCUACCCCGGCCAAACCCGGACGACGCUGGGCCAAUUGUAUGCCGCCCUAUGGGACUUCCAGAUGUUGAGGAAAGCUUCUUCAAUUAGGAAAUGAACACCGUCCAACCUUGAUCUGCUCUGAUUCGACUGUUUUGGGGGUUUGCUUCUUUUGUUUUCUACCUCUUGCUCUACUAGUGGACAAAAUGGAAACGUUAUGUGCCAACCGUGGACCGUCUUUUCGUGUGCAAUGGAUAAUUCUAACAAUAGUGUGUCUAUAUGUUGGUAUCGGACAAACUCAGUGAGGGACUUAGAGAA